CCGCCCCGCCCGCGGCACCGCCCGGGCGCUGGCAGCGGGGCGGAAGGCAGCGGCUGCGGCAUGUUGUGCGGCGGCGCCUCGGCGGCGCGGGCCGCCACCGACGAGACACAGCGCAUCGCCGACGAGGUGAAGCCUCAGCUGGAAGAAAAAGAAGGGAAAACAUUUGAUGUGUUCACUGCAGUGGAGUUUAAAACUCAGGUGGUUGCUGGAACCAACUACUUCAUCAAGGUCCACGUUGGCAAUGAGGACUUCGUGCACCUGCGGGUGUUCAAAAGCCUUCCUCACGAGAACAAGCCUCUCAGUCUCCACAGCUACCAGAGCAGCAAGGCAAAGCAUGAUGAACUCUCUUAUUUCUAGCCAGCUUAUCUUGUGGUUUCUAUAAUGGUUUCUUGUGUGUGCUUUCUGGAGGCUGCACAGUGUUGAUUCCUGUGCCCACAGAGGAGCAAUGAAAGUGUCUCCUUUUGAAACUUAAUGCUGGAGGAAAUAAAAAUCCAUUUCUGUUCUGCUACUCCCUGUGCACUACCUAACCAAUGGAGCUGCACAGCUCUGCUUUCACCUGCACUAACUCUAUCCCACAGAGCUGCACUGGCCUUAGUGCAUCUUAACUGGAAUUCUGUGGCUGGCUCCUAUUGGUGGAGUUGCUUGGUGAGGGAAUUGAAGGGGGAGUGACAGUCAGCUCUUCACAGCAAAGAGCAAGAGGAAACCCAGAAUCUUUUCUGUGCUGGUUUGCAGCUGUCCCUGUAUCUGUAGGUUUAACGUGGACUCUGUGUGUCAUUGGCAAGGGCCUGCAGAGAGACUCGAGAUGAAGCGUUAGAGGAAGCGGAGGGGGAUUAGAGUCUAAUGAAACGCGUAACAUUCCCUUGGUAACGGCGUUUAGCCUCUGGGAGCAGGUGCAUGCAAGGACCAGCAGAGGGCGCACGAGUUGAGGCAAACCCCAGCCUCUCAAUUCCCUCAGUCCGAAGGGAAAGUGCUGGAAAGGAAUUCGAGAUGGACAAAGAUUUCUCUGCUAAUAAAUACUCCCCAUGAACUGCCGUGCUGUAGGUGACUGCUGAGGUCUUGCUCGAUGGACAAACACUUCUGUGCUAAUAAAUACUCCCCAUGA